AUGCGUAUUCCUGUAGACCCGAGCACCAGCCGCCGCUUCACACCUCCCUCCACGGCCUUCCCCUGCGGCGGCGGCGGCGGCGGCGGCGGCAAGAUGGGCGAGAACAGCGGCGCGCUGGGCGCGCAGGCGGCCGUGGGGCCCGGCGGGCGCGCCCGACCCGAGGUGCGCUCGAUGGUGGACGUGCUGGCGGACCACGCGGGCGAACUCGUGCGCACCGACAGCCCCAACUUCCUCUGCUCCGUGCUGCCCUCGCACUGGCGCUGUAACAAGACGCUGCCCGUCGCCUUCAAGGUGGUGGCUCUGGGGGACGUGCCAGAUGGAACGGUGGUGACAGUGAUGGCGGGCAACGAUGAGAAUUACUCCGCUGAGCUGCGCAACGCCUCGGCUGUCAUGAAGAACCAGGUGGCCAGGUUCAACGACCUUCGCUUCGUGGGCCGCAGCGGGCGAGGGAAGAGUUUCACACUGACCAUCACCGUGUUCACCAACCCCACGCAAGUGGCCACCUACCACAGAGCCAUCAAGGUGACCGUGGAUGGACCCCGGGAGCCCAGACGGCAUCGACAGAAGCUGGAGGACCAGACCAAGGCGUUCCCUGACCGCUUCGGGGAUCUGGAGCGCCUGCGCAUGCGGGUGACGCCGAGCACGCCCAGCCCCCGAGGCUCGCUCAGCACCACCAGCCACUUCAGCAGCCAGGCCCAGACCCCCAUCCAAGGCGCCUCCGACCUGAACCCUUUCUCCGACCCCCGCCAGUUUGACCGCUCCUUCGCAGCGCUGCCGACCCUCCCGGAGAGCCGCUUCCCCGACCCCCGGAUGCAUUACCCAGGGGCCAUGUCGGCCGCCUUCCCCUACAGCGCCACCCCCUCGGGCACGAGCAUCAGCAGCCUCGGCGUGGCCAGCAUGCCGGCCACCGGCCGCUUCCACCACACCUACCUCCCACCGCCCUACCCGGGGGCCCCGCAGAACCAGAGCGGGCCCUUCCAGGCCAACCCUUCCCCCUACCACCUCUACUACGGCGCUUCCUCCGGCUCUUACCAGUUCUCCAUGGUGGCCGGCAGCAGCAGCGCUGGCGACCGCUCGCCCACCCGCAUGCUGGCCUCCUGCCCCAGCAGCGCCGCCUCUGUCGCCACUGGCAACCUCAUGAACCCCAGCCUGGGUGGCCAGAGCGACGGCGUGGAGGCCGAUGGCAGUCACAGCAACUCGCCUACCGCCCUGAGCACGCCCGGCCGCAUGGACGAGGCCGUGUGGCGGCCCUACUGACCGCCCGGGUCCAAGUGGACUGUCCCGCUGGUGGCGGGGAGCCCAGGAACCUUCCAGACAAGUGGCGGGCCCAGCUCCAAGGCUCAGGGCACUCAUGGGACUUAACGCUUCAUGGCAGCUGUGGGCCCAGGGGCCAUGGUCCUGGGGCCCAGAGCUGGUGGCUGGCUCUGAGAGCAUCUGGUCCAGCCACGUCUUUGUAAAGAGGGGUCGGGACCUCCCCCAGGACCCCGCCCCCAGCCCAGAUCCUACUCAUCUCAUCCCACGUCCCUGUGGGAGAAGUAGCCUCCUCCUGCCACCUCCCCUGGAAUGACCUGGCUGUCCCCAGCUAUGCCCACUGCUGUCACGGGGCCCAGGCCUCCUGGGACAGAGACCAUCUCUGUUCUAGAGCGAGGCGGCAUUUGCCCACAUGGUUUGGCCUCUUAUCCUCGGGACCCUAGAAAGACCUCCCCACCCUUACCUUCCUCAGAGACCCCCGCAUCCUGUGGGCCCAGCCCUCCCUCUGCAUUUACACAAGCUGAGUCACAACUGGAAGGUCCCCCAGCCCUGAGAGGGGCUCGCUUAUGGUUUGGAUGGGGAAGGAACCCCUCCAGAGGCCCCAGGGAAUUGCUAGCAGAGAUGGAAUGAGGAUACCCCCAGGCCCGCCCCCCAGCUCUGCUUCCCUACAACUCCUGGCAGCUAAGGGCCCGACCCCAUCCCAGCCGUCUGUGGGUCCCAGGCCCCAGAGCAGACUGGCCUGCAGUAGCAGGCCCCUAAAACCAGGGAAGACACCUGCAGACAAGUCCUCCGUGCACUUUACCAGUCCAAGGCAUUCACCCUCUGUUCUCUCAGUGGGGGCUGGGAAGGGUCCCUUUCCCCCUAGGCUGGUCUCAAAAUUGCCAUUUUUGGAGAGAGCACCAGGACCAGACAGGUCCUACCAGAACACCUUGGGGUAAGGGGUCAUGGGGUCAGGUGUCAGCAUCCCUGGCCCACCUAGGUUUAGCCAAGCUGUGCACAGCCAAGCUGUGCCCCAGACCCGCAGCCUCGUGGGAAGGCCCAGCCAAACCUUCCAAUCUCUGACACACAACUCUCCGUCUUUAACCAGUCUGCUCCCAAAGCAGUCUUGAACAAAAAACCAGUUUUUAAAGCUGAUUUUAGAGAAGGAAGUUUGUCAAACAUUUUCAGACACGCGAUCUCUUACAGGAAAAGGCCCCAUGAUAGUGAACGAUAUCCCUCCCCCUCCGAGAGUGUGGAAUUGUUAGGAUCGCUAAACCUCCUCAAGAGGUCGCAGUCCUUCAGCAGCAUCCCACCAGCUUGCGCCAAAGGCCAACCUGGUGCAGAACAAAGGGAGCGCUGGUGAGAUGCUGGAAGCUCAAGUCUGUGGCUCUCGGGCAUUUGUCCGAGAGGACGUGUGGGUGUCCCGGUAGAGGUGGGAGGGAUGUGGGGGAGCACAGUGGCUGCGUGAUGGCAGAACACAAGAGCUGUGAAGGGCUUGGCAGCCUCAGCUCAGCCCCUGCUGUGCUCACAGGGGAAGUAUUACAGUUUACAAAUGGGAAAGCAGGCCUUGCCCAAGGGUUUAAGCAUGUCCGAGUUUUUUUCGUUCUAGAAAGGCAUAAAAAACCCAUGUCUGAAUUUUUUAGUUCUCGAAAGGCGUAAGUGGAAAAGGACAAAACUCUUAUAAGCAUUGGGCAGCAUGUGGCUUUUAGCCAUUGUUUCAGCCCCAUCCUCCGUGGAUGUGGAAAUCUCCCCUACAAAAUGCUCCUUAGCGGUUGUCUCUGUAAUAGCAUGUGGCCUGCCUGCCACCGCACCCUGUAACAACCGCCAGAUAAGCACAUGAGAUACAGGCUCAGACAGGGUAGGAGGUCCUUCGGGUGAUCUUAUUCAAACCCCUCUUGCUACAGCUUCUCUUGUCCUGCCCUUACUGGAAAAAGCAGUCCCCUGCUUUUAUCUCUUCAAAAUAGCUGCUGGGGGGAUCCUGCUGACUCCCUUCAGCUGGGGGAGGUGGGGGGAUCUCUCCACCCCUUCUCAGGAAGCAGCUACAAAUCCAUUGCCCUCGUGUCUCCUCCUCUCCUCUUUGGUUGUAGACUGGCCCCAGGCCCCAGUGGGAGGCACCCUUGGGUUCCCAGUGCCCAGCACUUUGUAGCCCCUCCCCAGAUUACUACCCCUUCCUGACAUCCAAGCCCCCGUGGGGGCAGGGACAGGAAAUAAAUCGACCCCCUCCCCGCAACUCCCUGACUCAAAGUGAUGGCAGCCGUGCUGAGUCUUUUUUAAGGCCCAUAGUGGGUACAGACAGCUUGGGCUGGUAAAAAUGGGUCCUUAUUUACAAGGCUGCUUUGAAGUUGUACUAGGCAAACACACUGUUUAGAAAGCACAAGGAAACGAAGGGGUUUGGGCACCAUAUUACUGUAAGCCUCUUGGUGGUGGGUACGGAUACGUUGUGACAUAUUGUCAUGCUGAGGAGUUAAUACCUGCUAUACUCAUAUCUUCCGUAAAACCGACCCAGGGCUGGGAAGAAGGUGGAGAGGGAUGGAAACUGCUUUGCACUAUAAUUUGCUUGGUGUGUUUGUUUUUAAUGCACA